GCGCUGCGCGGGGCGGCUGGCACAGGCGGCGGCGCCGGGGCCGGAGGAAAAACCCCGCCCCCUUUGGUCAUCUCCUCGGCCCAUCGCUGCCUCAGAAAGGCCCAAGGUCAACGGGGGAUCAUGUCUCAGACUCCCGGGCUAUGAGAAGAGCUGCCUGCCCAGCCCCAUUCAGUCCUGUGCCAGGCUCUGCCACUGUUAUCCCCAGCUGCAGUGAGAAGAGGAGGAGGCUGGCACCAUGGGCCCGGGCAGCGUCCUCCGUGCCUGGGGGAUGAAAACGCUGCCAUGGACAGCCCAUGCCAAUCCGACCUCCUGAGCAGGAGUCUCCCCCAGCUGCCCACUGUGGACGCUCCUGGGCACAGCCUUGCCAAGAUGGGCUUGGAGAGCUAUGUGUCCUGUCCUUCGCAGCCCUCCUUCCACUUGUCUGGUCCUUGUGAGGCCUCAGCCGGCCCCAGCAGCAGCGGGGGUGGACCUCUGCCCCCAGGAGCUGGCAUCCCCUCAGCUGCAGCCAGCCCCAUGCCAGAGGGGCGCAGCGGGCAGGGUGGAGGGGAGCUGCGGCCCCUGCAGAGUGAGGGGGCCGCUGUGCUCAUCACUAAGGAGUGCCCACUGCUGGUUGCUCGGGGGGCCCAGCCCGAGGCCCCCAAGCGGAAGCGGGUGGAGAGCGGUGGUGAUGCUCCUCCCAGCAAGCGGCGCUGGGCAGAGGAGGGCAGUGAAACGCCAGUCCAGAGGGAGGCUGUGGUCACCGCUGCUGAGCGGCUGGCUGUGGACUACAUCGUGCCCUGCAUGCGCUGCUAUGGCAUCUGUGUGAAGGAUGGUUUCCUUGGGGCAGCCUUGGGCAGCCGAGUGCUGGCAGAGGUGGAGGCCUUGAACCGAGAUGGGCGUUUUCGGGACGGACAGCUUGUGAGCCAGAGGGCUAUCCCCUCGCGCAGUAUCCGGGGAGACCAGAUUGCCUGGGUGGAGGGGCGUGAGCCUGGCUGUGAGAGUAUCGGGGCCCUGAUGGCCCACGUGGAUGAGGUGAUUCUCCACUGUGCUGGCCGCCUGGGCAGCUACGUCAUCAAUGGCCGGACCAAGGCCAUGGUGGCUUGUUACCCCGGCAACGGGCUGGGCUAUGUGCGGCAUGUGGACAACCCCCACGGAGAUGGGCGCUGUAUCACCUGUAUCUAUUACCUGAACCAGAACUGGGACAUCAAGACACACGGCGGCUUGCUGCAGAUCUUUCCAGAGGGCCGGCCAGUGGUGGCCAACAUCGAGCCUCUGUUUGACCGGCUCCUGAUCUUCUGGUCCGACCGCAGAAACCCUCACGAGGUGAAGCCAGCCUAUGCCACCAGGUACGCCAUCACUGUCUGGUAUUUUGAUGCCAAGGAGCGGGCUGCAGCAAAGGACAAGUAUCAGCUAGGUACCUGCUAUCUUGGUCAUCCCCUGGGGACCCUGAUGCCUUCUUCCUAUUUUCUCCCAGCCCAAACCCCUGACCCCCACCCACGUGACUCCAUCCUCGGCCCCUUUGUGUCAUCUCCCAGCUGGCCCACCAAAGUCGUUCCUGGCCUCUGUUCAGGCUGUUCCCCAUGUCCAGCCCCCCCACCCCCCUUCCCUCCCUUCCCCUCUGAUUAGUUAUGUUCCUCAUUUUUUAUCUCCAGCUAAUCCAGUGCCUUUCUGUGUCUCUCUAGCAUCAGGCCAGAAGGGCAUUCAAGUGCCAGUGUCCCAGCCAAGCCAGCCCACUUAGUGGAAAGUGCUUGGAAUCAGCCAGAUGGCCACCCCUCAGCUGGGCUGCCAGCUCCCCUCGCUCUGUGCUGCUCUGCUGGCUGCCAGGCUGGGCUGUCCCUGACACCCCUGCCAUUCCCUCGAUUGCUGCUUCUGCCUGUGCCUGCCUGCCUUCCCCCUCCCCAUGUUGGUGGAGGGAUUACUGCCAGCCCCCAAGAGGAGCAGGAGUGCCCACUUCCUGGGCACCACAGAGGAGCUGGGCAGGGAGAGGCAGCACCCUAUGCACGUGGCCCUUGGGCUGAGUGAGGGUGGCCGGUUCCCCUUCCCCCAGCUCCAUAAGGAGUGAGCCUCCCAUGGACUUGCCCCACAGUGGGCCCCCCAGUCCCCCUCUUCCCCACCCCCACCCCCCGGGACUGCCCCCUCUAACCAGGAUACAAGAUUGGAAUUGUUGGGGUCGGGGAGGGUCAUGGCCUCUUGCUGGCAAGGGGGGUAGGGGGGAUUCCUGCCUCCCUCCUCCAGCCUGGAAUGUGAAGUGCCCCCCUCUCCCCCUGCCUUGGCCCUGGCCUCCCCUGGACUGAGCCUCCUGUGGGGGUAGGGGGUGCUCAGCGGGGGCCUUGGCUGCAGACUUGCCGCCCGCCCCCAAAUAAAGUUUACCUCAGAGUCGUGCA